GUACAGUCACUAACGACAGCUCUUCUACAAAAGGAUGUAUCUUCAGACAUUUAAGCGCCUAGCUGGAGUCGGGAACAAGGGAGAGAGGUGGAUUUAUCUGACUGACCCGGUGCCGGCUGACGCGCUGCGCGCAGACAAUAAGUGGGAGCGAUCAGAUCACAACAAAAGACAUAAGAUGACAGAGGGCCGUCAGUGCCAGGUUCACCUCCUCGAUGGCAGGAAGCUGGAGCUGCUGGUUCAGCCCAAGCUGUUGUCCCGUGAGCUGUUGGAUCUGGUGGCCUCCCAUUUUAACCUAAAGGAGAAAGAAUACUUUGGGUUGUGUUUCAUAGAUGACACUGGCCAGAGUAACUGGCUCCAGCUGGAUCGUAAAGUCCUUGAUCAUGACUUCUCCAAGUCUUCAGGGCCUUUGGAACUCAAGUUCCUGGUGAGGUUUUAUAUCGAGAAGAUCACCUUCUUGAAAGACAACACAACAGUGGAGCUGUUCUUCAUGAAUGCUAAAUCUUUAGUGUUUAAUGAGACCAUCGAAGUGGAGAGUGAAAAUGUUUUCAAGUUAGCCGCAUUCGCAUUGCAGGAGGCCAAAGGAGAUUACAGCAGUGCUGAGACUGCCAGAUCAGACCUGAAGCAGCUCCCACUUCUGCCCACCAGAGUAUUACGGGAGCACCCAUCUCUCAAUUACUGUGAGGACAAAGUGAUUGAACACUACAAGAAACUGAAAGGACUGACCAGAGGACAGGCCAUUGUGCAGUAUCUGGCCCUGGUGGAGUCACUGCCGACAUACGGAGUCCAUUAUUACCAAGUGAAGGACAAGCAAGGAAUACCGUGGUGGCUUGGAGUCAGCUACAAAGGCAUCGGCCAGUACGAUUUGCAAGAUAAGCUGAAGCCGAGAAAGUUGUAUCAGUGGAAGCAGUUGGAGAAUUUGUAUUUUCGCGAGAAGAAAUUUGCUGUGGAAGUGAACGACCCACAAAGAAGAACAGUGACCAAGCGAACUUUCGGACAGACUGGUCUGGUUAUCCACACAUGGUAUGCCAGCCACUCUCUGAUUAAAACCAUCUGGGUGAUGGCCAUCAGUCAACACCAGUUCUACCUGGACAGGAAACAAAGCAAAACAAAGAUGACCACAACCAGGAGUUCAGGUGACAUCGCCAUGGACCUCACAGAGAUCUGCGCCCCGCGGAUCACCAAACUCUCCAGCAUUGAGAGCAGAGACCAGCUUAUCAUGGCCAGCAACGGGAGCCUCAUCUCAGCCGGUUCUGCUGACUCCGAAGUCAGCGAAGAACAAAAGAAAGAGAAGGUUGCCGAGUUGAAAAAGAAAGAAAAGGACCUUCAAGACACACUGACACGGAAACUUGAGGAACUGAAGAAAAUCUGCAUGAGAGAAGCCGAGCUUACAGGCAAAUUGCCUAAAGAGUAUCCCUUAGCCACAGGUGAGAAGGCUCCUCAUGUGCGCCGCCGCGUUGGGACGGCCUUCAAGCUGGAUGACCUGUUCCCCUAUGAUGAAGACCCACAUCUGAGGAAUCUAGAGAGCAGGUUCGCCUUGCAGCAAAAGAUCGUGGAAGCAGCCAUAAAGUUAUCUAACGAGGGCGACCUCUGCAAGACUGUGAAGAAAAAGAGGAGAAACAACUGUCUGGAUGCAAUGAGGAAGCUGGAGGAGAUCGAGAGGGAGAUCAAUGCUUACAGGAUCAAGAAAGGAAAGAAACCCACUCAGAGAGCCUCACUGAUCUUAGCAGAUGAUGUCAACCCUUCAGACCUCAGCUCUCUGUCUGACAGCCUCACUCUGGAUGAUGAUGAUGAGCUCACUUCUCAGAGGCAGCGCUCCAGAUCAGUCCAGUAUUCCCCAAGACCACACCACGCAGAAACACUGGACAUCCACUACAACAACGACAGACGGGCCAAUGACCAGCAUGCAGACAGCAGAUUAAAUUACGGCCAAGUCCAGGAAUCACUCCACUACGGUCACCGCGAUGCCUUAUCAAGCCACAGCAGCCCGUUUAAACCAGCUUCCAGACAGCCACGUGAUGCCCGCAGCAUGCCCCCCACCCCCCUCCUCACCCGCAACGCCUACAGCAGCACCCAGCUCAGAUCAGAGGAUGCUCCACAACAUCUGCGCCAGCGUAGCGGUAGUCUCGAGUCCCAGUCUCAGUUCGUGACGGAGACCGAACCUGUUAUGCCAGCCUUCACCUUGUCCCCAGCCCGACGCAGCAACAGCACAGAGGUCCUCGAUGACGGCUCCUCCUACACAAGCCAGUCCAGCGUCGAGUACAGUGUCCCCGGGAACCACACCCACAGGCGCAGGGCUCGUGGCCGUCACAGAAAAGACAUGUACGCCAACACGGGCAGCAUGCCUAACCUUGCUCAGCCGGACACCCGCUGCUACGCCUACCAGCCACGGGCCAGACCCACCACGACGGCCUACUACGUUACAGGUUAUCCCAGCUACGCAGAGCCAGAGCCUUACUCCAAUGGAGUCUACAUGUAUGACAACGAGAUGGAGGGACACUAUAACGUCAAUCCCUCGUACCAUCACACAGCUUAUCACAGCCACGACAUGCACAGUCACUACGGUACCGACGAGAUAGACGGCAUGUCGCAGAACCCGUACGCCACACUGCGACCACCCAGGAAUCGUCAGGCGCCCCGCAGCAAUGAGCAGGUUGGCAAGAACAUCCAGAAAGCUUUGGUGGCUGAACACCUGAGAGGCUGGUACCAUCGCAACGCUGCACAGAAACAGGCGUCAUACAACUACGACUACGACAGAGGCUCCCAGCACAGCCUGGGCUACCAGACCAUGCCUUCACCCUACAGUCACAACAACAGGAACAUCGCCUACUCCUCAGUGUCCUCGGCAUCCUCUAGUGGAAACUGGCACAGCCACAUUAGUGGUGGUGCUAUGUCGGAAUAUGACAUGCCCAUGCAUGCACCGCAGUCCUACUCCUACAGUACAGCCCCCUUCAGCCACUCCGCCCACAGCAGAUGUGUCCCAGAGUUUGAGUGGUGGAGCUGUGAUAAGAUGGCGUGCCCUGCGGGGCCUUUAGAGAGAUGUGGUACCGUUGCCUAUGCUACUGACCAGGAAAAUUAACCCCUUCCCCCCAAUUAUCAGUCACAGCACAGAAGAAAGGGUCCUACAUAGAUGUCAGCCAAAUGGACUCACACAUCAGUAACCAAAUGCACACUAACCUGGAGCCAGAGGACCAGAUUUACUGGCAUGAAGACUCAAAACCAGGAACAAUAGUGUAGUUGCCUAUUUGUCAUGGUGCUGUAUGAUUUUUUUCACCCUGACAAGUUGUCAUUGUGCCUUAGACUGCACUUACCUGUUUCUCUGUAUAAGAGGAUCCAAAGAAUGAAGGAACUUAACCUCUGUGGGAUUCGGCGUGUAAAGGAAAUGAAGUCCUCUCAUUUUCUGUUCUCUUGAACGCAUUUGCCAAACUGACCCACAACCUUGCGUUUAAAUCAUAACCCCAUGAGAGUGUCUUCAUGUCUGGAUUGCAAGUGUUUGUGGUGAUGGCACUUGUGCACUGAAACUAUACCAGGACCUGCUGUGGACUGUGCAGUAUAGCCAAAGGGAAUGUGGAUUAAACUUCUCCAGUGUUCCUCUGUAGAGAUUCGGGCUUCACAAACCAAGGACUAGGACUGUUUCUGUGAGAGGAUACUGAGCCGCAGUAAACAAUGCUCUGCCACACACAUACACACACGUAUGAACACUGUAACUAUGAAGGAUUGGACAAAGAGUGAUGAGGACAUUAUCAAAAUGAAGGAUUGGACUCGUUAAAAAUGAGUCAAAAAGAUGGCUACUUCCUGGAACAUUCUGCAGUCACCAGAUACAGUUUUAUCACAGCAUAGCUUCUAACUACCACACUGUGCUCCAGUUUGUCAUUGACCAAGUAUUGAAUCUAUCUUACUGUCAGUACUUACGACACAAUUGAGCCAAGUGCUUCUGUCACCACUUGAGUAUUAUCAGAAGUCAACAACUUUGAUAUCACUGCCACAUCUGAUCAGUUACUGCAGGAAGACAGAAAAUCCACUUUUGUGUUUGUUUUUUUUACUUUAUUUUAACAUGGUUAUUUCAUCCAUGCUGGAAAUCAUGGACUGGUGCUCCCAAUUUCUCUCAAGAGAAUGAAGCUGUAUGUAAAUGUUGGUAUUGUAAAUACACUGGUUCCGUCUUUUUUUAGAGCAUUUUUAUGUAUUUGAAAAGCAUGUAAUAUAUAGUAAGCAAUUGUUGUUAAGCUGGUUCUUAGUAAUUUGUAUAAUUGCAUUUGUUUGAAUUAAAAAAAUCAGCAUUUGAAUCA